UUGUUCAACAUAUUCGGAUUAUAGAUUAAUUACAUUAUAUAGUGGAUAUCACUGUGAAAUAUGAAUAACGUGACAGGAAUAGUACGUGCCAUAUAUCGAGGAUUUGUAGAUAGUUUAAAAGGAGCUAUUGUUUUGUUUUAUAUGGAUAAACGUAUGAAUGAAAAAUUAUUAAAACAAUCCUCUUCUAAAACUGAAACUCAUGGAAAAGACACAGUAAUUGCACAUCAGCCCUCAAAACAUCACUUAAGAGAGUCAAAGGUGUUAAAAAGGACAAUUCAAUGUUGUGGAUUAAAUGGUGGUGUUUUUUGGGCCAGCAUAUUGAUUUUUGAAUGUGGCUUACUUCCAUUUCUCAAGUACUUAUUGACUAUUAUAUUUGGUCAUUCUUCUGGUAUGGGUAUGACUGUGUGGUCUUGGACAAAACCAUUUCUGUCAUUGACUUUUGGCACUGUAUGGGUACUACCACUAUUUGUGCUCAGUAGGAUAGUCAACAGUUUAUGGUUUCAGGACAUAGCAGACAGUGCUUAUAGGUAUAGACAAGGAAGGCCAUUACUUUUAUCUAGUGUGAGUAAGCUCAUUGCAGACACACUUUUCAGCAUAUUGGUUCAAGCAUUAUUUUUGGGCCAAGGAAUGUUGGUAUCCAGGAUUCCAUUACCUCUUGUAGGUGACAUCCUUGCUCUUAUACAUAUGUGCCUUUUAUAUGCUCUCUAUGCUUUUGAAUAUAAAUGGUUCAAUAUGGGUUGGGAGUUACAUAGACGGUUAAGUUUUAUUGAAAGUAAUUGGCCAUAUUUUGUGGGUUUUGGUCUGCCACUAGCAGUACUUACCCAACUCCCUAGUUCUUAUGUAAUAAGUGGCUGUGUCUUUUCUAUAUUAUUCCCAUUAUUUAUUAUAAGUGGAAAUGAAGCAGAACCUGUAACUGGAGUAUGUGACAGUCCAUUAAAAUUGUUUUCACCGGUAAUAGCUAUUGCAAAUACACUUUUCAAUAAAACAAUUAGACCAACAAAUAGACGGUGACAGAGAAAAACAUAAUUUGCAAAUUUAUUUUCAAUAAAAAAUAUGUA